UUUCGCUCUUUCUUCUUCUUUUUUGCCCAACAGUCCCAUUGAAAGAGAAGAUUGAAUUCUUCAAUAUGAAUAUCGCCCGUAACUUAUCUGUCUAAAAAGAUCGAUUCUAUAGAUAUCUAGUUUCAGUGUAAAAUUAAUUUGAUCAACUUCCUAAGCAAGAGGCGGAGAAGUGAAGUGAGGUCUGAGAUUUUGUUUAUAUAGCAGGUAAUGGAAGAAAGCGACCGGUAAAUAUUGGAUAGUGCAUGAAACAAAAUCACUAGGGCUUAAACGAGAGCAGAGGCUGUAUUGGAUACUCCACAAUACCUCCAGAACAUAAAGUGAAAGAAGAUAAGCGAUCAGAAGAUUUGUCGAGCAGCUGCGCUUUUGAAAUGGAUCAGAGUGCAGCUCAGUCUCUGGGGACCAUCCCAUCAACUGGCACACCAAACCAACCCCCAUCUGCUCCUCAAACUAGCGCUGACCCUCAGAGUGAUCAUCCUGUCUUUGUUAAUCAUGGUCUAAUUCUUUGGAACCAGACAAGGGAGCAAUGGCUUCAAAGGAGAAGGUCAGAGAGUCGGCCACAAGUUAGUCAACCCAGAAUAAGGAAAUGGUUGACUUUCUUGUCGAUGUUUGGGAUGAAGAGGGUCUGUAUGGCUGAACAACCGAAGCAUGGCUCUCUGAUUGACUUUAAAAAAAGAAAGAGCAAGAUUUAUGUAACAAGAUGCGGUUUUUCCUCCGCCAAUAGUUAUUCUGAAAACGUAAAAACUUAUAGGUUCAAAUUCAAUCAAACACGAGUGAAAAGUGAAAGAAAACCACGCCAAACUGGCUUGCAUCUAUGAAUGAUAUGAACGGGCCUGGGUGGAAAUUUCAAUUGAGUGGGUUGGUCUAAAUCCUUUACUAUUUU